CCCCUCAUUGCUCGGGCACAAACGAGUGAAAUGCGGAAGAAAUGCGUAAUUAUUCGGUGGUUUCAUCAAAGGCAAAUUGGGCUGGUGUAUGUAGUCAAUACCAUAGAAGCCCAUCCCGACCUCUCUCUGACCUCGCCUCUCAACCGGUCACCUGUCACUUUAAAAUGUACUGCGGGAGCGUCUCUCAACUUCCGACUGCGGACAGGCAAGAUAGCCCGUUUUGUAUUGCUCUCUUUGGAUGGGCGAGCAAGAUCCUCUUUAAGAGACAGUCCGUGAAACAGAAACACACAACACACAGUACGGGACGCGCAAGUAGGUGGGCGAUCUUUCCAUCUCACUAUCACGCGCCGGGGGGAAGAGAGAAAGGAAAAGUUGCAUUUUCGCUCGCUCCGCCGCACUGACACCUGGGAACAGUGGAGGUUCAGAGUGAGAAGAGCGGACGAGACCGGCUCGCGCUGACGGGCUCAACUUGGACCAAGUUAAUGUGCCUAGGGAUUAUGCCGGUGUCUACAUGACAAUAAGUGUGUGAGAAAGAAGAGAAAACGUCUUGUGGGUCGGAGAAAGGGAAAAUACAAUGUAAAAUCCCAUGGCGUUUUCAAGAACACAGGACAUUACACAUAUGGAGCAAAACUAAAAGACCGAUACAUUUUACAUUUUUUUGUGGUCAUUUCCAAAACAAGAAAUUGCAGUUUUAAUCAAAAGGUUUUUUUCCCUUUAUUUCUGCACACCCCGUAUUUGCAGAUAUUUUAUUGUUGCACCAAGGGUGCAAAGGAUUUACCACGAUCUUGGACGGGUCGGGCCAUGUAAAGUUCUGUGUGGAUGCCAGCGAGCCUGAUAUCGGGAGCUGGCUGAAGCACAUCCAGUUUGCCUCCACGGCCCUCCAACACAACUUGACGCCGUGCCAGAUAGAUGAUCAGAUCUUCUACAGAGUGACUCGAGAGAUCCAACCAGGAGAGGAGCUGCUUUUGUUCAUGAAGGCAGAGCAGUAUUCAUGUGACACCAUGGCUCCUGAUAUGCACGAGGAGAGACAGUAUCGCUGUGAUGAUUGUGACCAGCUCUUUGAGUCUGUCUCUGAGCUGCUGGACCACCAGAAGGUUCCAUGUGGGACACCCCCCUCAGCCUUCCUGGGGAACCUUGGAGGGGACAGUAGUGACCUGGAGGGCCCUGAGGGCCUGGAGCCCCACGACCUGCACCUGUCCCACAGCCUCAGCCACGACGGUCCCCAGGAGUGUAAGGAGUGUGACCAGGUGUUCCCCGACCUCCAGAGUCUGGAAGCUCACUCUCUGUCUCACUCAGAGGAGAGGGAUUACAAGUGUGACCAGUGCCCCAAGGCCUUCAACUGGAAAUCCAACCUGAUUCGUCAUCAGAUGUCACAUGACAGUGGCAAGCACUACGAAUGUGAAAACUGCACAAAGGUACAGUCAUGUACCUGCUCAAAGCAGGUGUUCACAGACCCCAGUAACCUGCAGAGGCACAUCCGCUCGCAGCACGUGGGGGCGCGGGCUCACGCCUGUCCCGAUUGCGGGAAGACCUUUGCCACGUCCUCUGGCCUGAAACAGCACAAGCACAUCCACAGCAGUGUCAAGCCCUUCAUAUGUAAGUCACUCAGACCCUUCAUAUGCGAGGUGUGCCACAAGUCCUACACGCAGUUCUCCAACCUGUGCCGCCACAAGCGCAUGCACGCCGACUGCCGUACCCAGAUCAAGUGUAAAGACUGUGGCCAGAUGUUCAGCACCACCUCCUCCCUCAACAAGCACCGGCGCUUCUGUGAGGGCAAAAACCAUUUCACGGCAGGGGGGUUGUUCGCUCAUGCCCAAGGCAUGUCCCUCCCCGGUGUCCCUGGUGCCAUGGACAAGGCCGCUAUGGGUGGGAUGGGGCACAGCAGCGCCAGCCUGGCAGACUACUUUGGGAACCGGCACCACAGCGGCCUGACAUUUCCGACUGCCCCUGGCUUCCCCUUCAGCUUCCCGGGUCUGUUCUCCUCUGGACUGUACCACCGGCCCCCUCUCAUCCCGGCCACCUCCCCAGUCAGACGGCCCCUAGGUCCCGGUAUGGAGCACAUCAAGAGCCCCCUCCUGUCGCCUAGCCCCGGAGCCCUGGAGGCCAGAGAACUGCUCAAGACCCUCCGCAAGGAGGCAUUGCCCGGUAGCGAGCAGCCACAGGGGACAGAGCAGCGACAGUCCCAUGGCUCCUCCUCCAAGCAGAGGCACAGCGGCGGCAAGAUGAGCAGCCAAUCGGAGAGCAGCGAUCUGGAUGACGUAAGCACUCCCAGUGGGAGCGACCUGGAUACCACGUCAGGCUCGGAGCUGGAGAGCGACAUGGAAAGCGAAGGCCAGCGGGAGAGGGCACCCCGGGAGAACGGGAAAGGGCCCAAAAGGAAGGCGGGCAGAGGCCCCCAGAGCCCCACCACCCUGAUCAGUAACCACACUAAGGAGUUCCAAGGUAGCCCCGCCUUGUUCCCGCCCUCGCUGGACGAGCACACGGCUGUCUCAGGGGCGGUCAAUGACUCCAUCAAGGCCAUCGCCUCCAUCGCUGAGAGGUACUUUGGCUCCACGGGGCUGGCGGGCCUGCAGGACAAGAAGGUAGGCGCCCUGCCCUACCCCUCCAUGUUCCCCCUUCCCUUCUUUCCAACCUUCUCCCCACCCGUCUACCCCUUCCCAGAGAGAGAGCUCAGACCUCCAGGCCUAAAGGGGGAGCCCCAGUCCCCACCUGACGAACCCUCCAAGAAGCGCCAGAGCAGGACCUCUGAGUCGCCCUUUGACCUUACCACAAAGCGCAAGCAGGAGGAGAAGGUCCUCGCCCCCUUCGCCCCCGUCUCCAAAUCCAAACCGGAGGUCUCCACACGUUCCACCAAUCAGGACCAGCCGCUGGAUCUGAGCAUGGGCGGCACCAGGAACCGCAGCAGUAGCCACGCCCCCCGGGGGGAGGAAUCAAAGAAGAUCCACGUGUUUGGAGAAGACAAGGCAGGCAUGGAGCUACCUAAAACCGACACCUCUCUGCAGCACGCCAGGCCCACCCCCUUGUUCAUGGACCCCAUCUACAGCAGGGUUGAGAAGAGGAAGAUGACCGAUCCGUUUGAGGCUCUGAAAGACAAGUACAUGCGGCCCGCCCCCGGCUUCCUCUUCCAUCCACAGUUUCGUAUGCCAGUUCAGAGAUCCUGGAUGUCGGCCAUUGAGAACAUGGCGGAGAAGCUUGAGACAUUUGGUUCGCUUAACCCGGAGUCAGGUGACCUGAUGCGCUCCGUCCCCUCCAUGUUUGACUUCCGAGCUCCGCCCACUGCCCUCCCCGAGACGCUACUGCGGAAGGGCAAGGAGCGCUACACCUGCAGAUACUGCGGUAAACUAUUCCCACGGUCUGCCAACCUGACCCGCCACCUAAGGACACACACGGGAGAGCAACCGUACAGGUGUAAGUACUGCGACCGCUCGUUCAGCAUCUCCUCCAACCUGCAGCGCCACAUCCGCAACAUCCACAACAAGGAGAAGCCCUUCAAGUGUCACCUGUGUGACCGCUGCUUUGGCCAGCAGACCAACCUGGACCGUCACCUCAAGAAGCACGAGAACGGUAACCUCUCAGGCACGGCUGCGUCCUCCCCUCGGUCAGAGCUGGACAGCAGCAGUGCCAUCCUGGACGACAAAGAGGACUCCUACUUCAACGAAAUACGAAACUUUAUCGGCAACACAGGCCAGAACCAGCCGUCCCCUGACCAUUCUGAGGAAGGAUUGAACGGUGGUCCUAUCGAGGAGGAGAAGCCCCUGGUGGCCAGCCAUGGGUCAUGUGACCUGGAGGAGGGGGAGGAGCUUGGCGCCGAGGAGGAGGAAGGGGAGCAGAGCAACAACGCUGACGGGAAACCUAGGGAUGAAGCUCUCCCCGGCAACCUAGAUGGUGACAUCCUACACAACGAAAUAGAAUUUGACGGCCCUAGCGAUUUGGAGCUUAACUGCAAGACCUCCCCAAGGAGAUAUGAGGAGGAAGAGGAUCAGAGUAGCUACUCUGCGCUGGAUCACAUCCGUCACUUCUCUGACAUGCAUAAGAUGGAGGACAGUGAGUUCAGUGACGGGGACGGCACCUCCUUCGGCUCCCCCAGCCUGCCUGAGGCUGUCAAACAGCCCCUGUACAGGAAAUCCAAGUCCCAGGCGUACGCCAUGAUACUAUCUCUGGCUGACAAGGACGCACUCCACCCAGCCAACCACACACCAGCCACCAUGUGGCACAGCCUGGCGCGGGCCGCUGCUGAGUCCAGUGCCAUCCAGUCCCUCAGCCAUGUAUGAUACCGUGAUCCCUGACCCCUGACCCCUAACCCCCCGACCCCGACCUAUCGCACUGAGAAGCCUUGGGGUCCGUCAGCGGGGCCCCUGGCCCUUGGCCCGUCACAGACUGCUGAGCAGAACCACGGCCCAUCUGACUGUUGAGCAGAAUGCCUUACACACGUGCAGGGUCACCGUCCACAGAGAACCGCCCAGCCCUCCAAGAGAUCCAACAAACAUCCCUUCUGUGACCUUCAAUUGAGUCAGUAUGUUUAAUAUCAACGACAACGAUGAUGAUAGGGAUUAUUGACUAUGGUGAUGAAAAUAACAAUGGUAAUUAAUAAUAGCUGUAUUUAUUCUGUUGAGUUCUUACGUUUUGCACAGCAGCGGCAGCUGGUAGGAGGGAUGAUGGAGAUGGUUUUGUUAGAUGUUACAUUGCUAGAGCAUUUCAUGUGUCCACUCAGCUGAGAACAGUCUUCCUCAGUGUGAAGUCGGUUGUAUUUAGAGAACCCAUUCGUGACCGCGGUCCAACCACGGUUUGAUAUGUGUACAGAGUACAGGCCCUACCUAGCCCCACAUAGCCCUACCUAAUCUUACCAGGCUACACCUAAGCAUCCCUAGCUCCACCUAGAACCUCAUAAUCCUACCUAGACCUACCAUGCCAAAAUACAGCUACCUAACCCCACAUGGCCACUCCUAGCAUACCUGGCCACUCCUAGCAUACCUGGCCACUCCUAGCAUACCUGGCCACUCCUAGCCAUCCCAGCACCACAGCUUCAGACCUUCUCAGCUGAAUUGGAGUAUCAGUGAAAUAUGUUACGAGAAUGAUUCCCUUUAACCCCUGGAUAUAAACAGGUGUUUUCCAUCAACAUGUACUUAUAUAAAUGCUAGGAUACUUGGAAGGGUGGGGCUGAAUAACAACUUGGGUCCAAAUAAACUUCACCUCUCCAAGAAAGAUGGUGCUACAAACGUAUUACGACAAGAUUGUUGAUGAACGAAGAACAAAAGAAAAAUUGAAAACGGAGAAAAAUCGGACUGGUUUUACAACCCAAGAAAGAGUUUGCAUAGCUGCGUGUGUCUGCACAAUCACAGAACUGUACACGAGUGUCUGCAAACUGCGGCUCUGAAGCUGCACUCCGUCCCACCCUGCUGCACUCUCUGUGAAAGGAUCUAAAUAGUUUGUCAUUUUAGUGGAAGUAAAAAAGAAACCACAAUCUUUUUUUUUUACUCUGAAAAAGUAGCAAGUGUUGAAUUAUCGUUGUUAAACAGUAAAAAGGGCAUCUCUCCUCCUUCCCGAAACCCCAAACUCAUCGUAGUCGGCCAACGAUACCACUAAUUAGCCUAAAUGCUAGUUGUUAGCUACCCCCUUCCUCAUGUGUCUUUCAUUUUUUAGACAAUCAUGUUUUCUUGUGUUGUUUUUUUCUACAUUUUUAUUGUUGUUGAUGUUGAUGUCAUUGCUGUUGUAUGUUGAGAAUUGUAUUUAUUUCUUGGCAAACUGUAGUUUGUUUACUGAAUAGCACUGCUCUUACCCAUAGCGAAGGGUAGAUUCCUCGCUGGGGCCUACUCCAGAACUCAAUGGGGUUUGUAGACGACGUUUGAGUGCCGGAUAGUAUUAAACAUACCAUUCACUCUUUAUUCUUCUAUUGAAACUGGUUGAUGAUGAAUAGAUAUUACUUCGGGUUUUUUUGUACGACAAUUUAUUGAUUCAAUUGUAAAUGGAAAAAACAAACAUUAUAAAGACAUGAACAAAUAAAAAGAUGCCAGGUAUAAUUUCUUCAUAAUCGCAUGAUUGGUCUUCAUAGAUCUGUAUCUGGCAGUUUUCUACGGUGGUCUGCAAGCUUGUGUGACGUUCAGUCCAUGUUAAUCCCUUGUGCCAAACCUAUAAUAAAUAACAGAUUAUAUUCAUUUAUCCUCCCAUUUUGAGGGACCAGAUUGUUUGUUUUUUGUCGUUGUUGUUUUUGUUUAUAAUCCAUUUAAAAAAGUAAUCAGCAAGUGGAGGUACUUUUUGUUUUAAUGCUUUCUACAAUGUAACUGUAAUGCAAUUCAAUUCAAUACUGUGGGAGGAUCAACUAAGAAAUAAAGGACUACAAUGUG